UUAGCAACAACAUUGGAGUUGCACCUUUUCCCACCUUACUAUCAUUUGUUGUUGCCCAAAAUUAAAGUUGCAAGAAUUUUAGCAACAAUUCUUGAAAAAAGACUAAAUAAAUAUCAUCAUGGAGAAGAAGAUGAUGAUUGCUCAUCUUCUCCAAGCUCUUGAGGCUAAACCCUUGUUGAUCUUCUUCAUUAUCUCUUUACUUUUCUUGUUUGUUCUAUCAAGAUUUCGACGUAAACCCUAUCCUCCUGGGCCGAGAGGGUGGCCCGUUAUUGGCAACAUGGGAAUGAUUGACCAAUUGACCCACCGGGGAUUGGCCAACUUGGCCAAACAAUACGGUGGCAUUCUCCACCUCGGCAUUGGCUCCCUCCACAUGGUGGCGGUGUCGAAGCCCGAUGUGGCCCGAGAGGUACUACAACUCCAAGACAACAUAUUCUCCAACCGGCCCGCAACUGUCGCUAUACGUUACUUAACCUAUGAUCGGGCCGACAUGGCUUUCGCCCAUUACGGGCCCUUCUGGCGCCAAAUGCGCAAGCUAUGCGUCAUGAAGCUCUUUAGCCGUAAACGGGCUGAGUCCUGGGACUCGGUCAGGGACGAGGUGGACGACAUGGUCAGGACCGUGGCUAUGAGCACUGGCACGGCUGUGAACAUCGGGGAGCUGGUGUUCGGGCUGACGAGGAACAUAAUUUACCGGGCUGCGUUUGGGUCGAGCUCCCAUGAGGGCCAAGAUGAUUUCAUCAAGAUUUUGCAGGAGUUCUCGAAGCUGUUUGGAGCAUUUAACAUUGCGGACUUCAUUCCAUGGUUGGGGUGGAUGGAUCCUCAGGGGCUGAACAGCAGGCUGGCCAAAGCCCGGGCUUCGCUUGAUGGAUUUAUAGACAGCAUUAUUGAUGAUCACAUGCAGAGAAGAAAGCCCGAAGUUGGAUCCGGUGAGGCCCGAGAUACUGACAUGGUGGAUGAGUUGUUGGCUUUUUACAGUGAUGACGAUGAGGCUAAGGUUUCGGAGGCUGAGGAUUUGCAGAGUUCCAUCAAACUCACGAGGGACAACAUUAAAGCCAUCAUCAUGGACGUAAUGUUUGGCGGGACGGAAACGGUGGCGUCGGCAAUAGAGUGGGCCAUGGCGGAGCUAAUGAGAAGCCCAGAAGACCUCAAGAAGGUCCAACAAGAGCUCGCCAACGUAGUCGGCCCGACCCGCAAAGUUGAAGAGCCCGACUUCGACAAGCUCACCUACCUCCGCUGCUGCCUCAAAGAGGUCCUCCGUCUCCACCCCCCCAUCCCCCUCCUCCUCCACGAGACCGCCGCCGACGCCGUCGUCUCCGGCUACCACAUCCCCGCUAAAUCCCGCGUCAUCAUCAACGCGUGGGCCAUCGGCCGCGACCAGACCUCGUGGGAGGACGCCGACUCCUUCAGACCGGCGCGGUUUCUCGGGGAGGGAGCGCCGGAUUUCAAGGGGAGCAACUUCGAGUUCAUUCCUUUCGGCUCGGGCCGGCGGUCGUGUCCCGGGAUGCAGCUGGGACUGUACGCGCUGGAAGUGGCGGUGGCUCAUCUCCUCCAUUGUUUUACGUGGGAGUUGCCUGAUGGGAUGAAGCCUAGCGAGCUGGAUAUGGGUGAUGUGUUUGGACUGACGGCUCCACGCGCCACCAGGCUGACGGCGGUGCCGAGCCCGCGGCUGCUCUGCCGGCUUUACUGAGCAGGAGGAGGGUCACCUGCAUGGUUGUGGCCAGGAAUGAAACCACUAUAUGUAUUUUCUUUUUCUUUUUUAUUCCUUUUUUUUUAUUAUUAUUAUUUGGAUUUUUCAUAUAUGUUUUUUUUUUCCUUUUUAGGGGAAUGUAUAUGGAUAUAUAUAUAUACAUAUAUAUAUAUGUUAUUAGGUGAAAAGAAACAAGAAAUAAUCGAGUUGGACAAAAGAUGGGAUUUGUAUGUAUAUGUUGAUAUGGGAAAUUUAUUGCAUUUUAAAAAAUAA